AUGCUCACCGCGAACUUGACGAUAUCGUCGGUUUCGGAAGAGUCGUCCACGAAACGAACUUGGCUGUUCGGAACGCGAAAGAGGGUUAUUGUGGGUAUCGUUAUGCUUCAACGACAGCAACGAGAACAAACUGUGAUCCGAAAAGAAUGCGGUAUGAUUACAGUAUAUGGUUACGUGGAAGAACCGAAGUGCGCUUAUAGUAGCGAACAAUUCGAUCUAAGUGGGACUCUACUUCCGUUGAGACGCCAAGUGGCUCGGGAAGUCCUUGUCAAAGACGACGAUGUAGUCCAGCCACGCCAAGCAAUUAGCUUCCAAGCCCGCCGCUAUGCGAGACAUCGCUCGACAAAAAUAAGCGCCGGCAAUAUUGAGGCCAAACAGAAGGUCUCUAAGAACGCACGCAGAUUCCUUAAAACAGACCGAUUGGUAGAGGACAUCGAAUCGGAGAUCUGUGCGGCCGCUGAGUUUGAAUCAAUUUGCCUCUCUUCCUCCGUGUACGCUGAUAUCGUCGUUGAGCUCCUGCAAAGACCCACUCAGUAG